CAGAGCAGCGCACGGGCGGCCAUCCGCGCAGCAACGAGUCGCUCUGGAACUCGGCGGAGGAAGACAGCGCUGGUCAACGGCUCUCCGCUGCGGGACCAACUGCGACUUCCCGCUUCUGUAGCUCAGUGUCUAAGUAACACCCAGGACCACAAGGCUUGAGCAAAACACAAGAUGGUGAUUACCAGUGUGGCAUCCCUCAGAAGGACAUCACUGGCCAUGGACACAGAGAACAGAUGUUUGCAGUGAAGAGGAGCAGACCGGAGAGGAGGUAGUCACAGGUGCUGCGUGCCAAGGUGGACUUGGAGGUGUGGAGGAGAGCUGAAGAUCAUGGGUAAAUCAAACAGCAAGCUUAAGCCAGAGGUGGUGGAGGAGUUGACAAGGAAAACCUACUUUACAGAGAAAGAGGUGCAGCAGUGGUACAAAGGCUUCAUUAAAGAUUGUCCCAGUGGGCAGCUGGAUGCUGUCGGCUUUCAGAAGAUAUACAAGCAGUUUUUUCCUUUUGGAGAUCCCACUAAGUUCGCCUCCUUUGUCUUCAAUGUCUUUGAUGAAAAUAAGGAUGGACGCAUCGAGUUCUCUGAGUUCAUCCAGGCCUUGUCAGUGACUUCCCGGGGGACUCUUGAUGAAAAGUUGAGAUGGGCUUUUAAACUCUAUGACCUUGAUAAUGAUGGCUACAUCACCCGAGAUGAGAUGUUGAACAUCGUCGAUGCCAUAUAUCAGAUGGUGGGGAACACUGUGGAGCUGCCAGAAGAAGAAAACACACCGGAAAAGAGAGUGGACCGCAUCUUUGCAAUGAUGGACAAGAAUGCAGAUGGGAAGCUGACUCUGCAGGAGUUCCAGGAGGGUUCAAAGGCAGACCCCUCUAUUGUUCAGGCAUUGUCUCUCUAUGAUGGACUUGUGUAGGAAUGUAAGAUGGAUCCAUCUCUGCAACCACACGCCAAUCCAACACCAUCACACCUGCCAUGGGAGGAAGCCACAUUUAACUCGCUUCACCCAGAUGUGGACUGCAAACUUUUUGUUGCACGGCCGUACGGCACUCGUGUCAAGUAGCUGUUCGUCUACAUUUCCUGUUCGGAUUAUAAAACAAAUAUAUCCUCUGAUGUGACGGAGAAGUCAAACAUGUCGGCAAAACCCUCCAUUUAUCCGUGCUUCACUUGGCACCGUGUACACCCUUCAGUUUUGUGGACUGUGUACGAGCAUUUCUGCAAACGCAGUGUUGUGGUUACCCCAUUGACAGUCUAAGGAACUGAAUUCCCCCUGAGAUGUUAGUGUAUGCGUCUUGUUCACAUACUGUAAACCAGGGGAUGCACAUGAACCGCUCAGAGGAACUGUGCUGCUGCUUCACCACCAGAUGGAGAGACUCUAAACAGGGAGAAUCUGGAAAAAUGUGUUACUUGGUGAUAAUGUGAACUCUAACUUAAAGUGACAAAGCAGUAUAGUGUACAUUGUAUAAUGUAAAUAGAAUGGUAAUUUAUUUUCUGCUUUGCUGCGUUUAUGGGAAUUUCCUCAUAAGAACGGAAUGAAGUUUAAUUUUUUAUCAAAGGUGUUGAAAUGUAUUGCACUGUAUUUUUAAUUAUUGUUGGAUUGUUUUGUUUUUUUCCUCACAUACUGAGGUUUCCUUUUCCUGAGAGAACAGGUUUCUAUUUGAAGAAGAGUGUUGAAGGAGCCGGGAGAUUUCUAUGGAUCAUUUUACUAUGUUUGCAGUCUCUGCAUCCUAUUGUGUUUCCACUUCCCCUUUAGCACUAGCGUCUAGUGUCUGCAGUGUUGCCAAGCCGAAUCCUGAACGACAUGACCAAACAACACAGCAAAUUCUCACAGCUUGCAUCUGAACCGAGGCUCAUUAUUUCUUUUGAGAGAAUCGCACUCCACCCUCAGUCAGCAGUCAGCACGCACAAAGCCCUGGUCAUUGAGAGGCACAAAUACACAUCAAUUCUGGUUGUAAAGCUUCUUUUUGCGAGCUCUGUGGUUGCAAUUGUCCACUUUGUAUUUCUCUUGUGUGAGGCCAGAGCAUGUGAUGAUGCCAUUUUUUUUCCAGUCUUGAAUUGUUUUGUUUCCAGCAUUAAGAUGUUUUAUCAG